GGUUUCAUUCAUAAGACUGGAGCGGCUACGCCGGGGACACGCGGAGUCGGGGCUUGCUGGACUUGACUACUGGUGACUCUUUCUUUUUCUUCUUCUUGGAGGCCGUGAAUAAUUUAUAUAGAUAUAUACAUUUUUUUUUAACUGGAGAGAAAGUUUUGUGGGUUUCCUUUUUGCAAGACUCUUUCUAGAUCGUUCUUCUGAUUCGUCCGGGGGAUAGACUUACUUUCUGUGGGCUUCUGGAUCGUGGCCCUCUGCUCUCCCUCAUUUCUUUGGACGCCUGGACGGGAUUAGAAAGGUAUCUGAAUCGCACGCUGCACCGCGGCACUGCCCGGCGGGUUUCUGGGCGGGGAGCGAUCCCCGCGUCGCCCCCCGUGAAACCGACAGAGCCUGGACUUUCAGGAGGUACAGCGGAGGUCUGAAGGGGACCUGGGAGCGCAACAGAGGGAACUUGCAUCGAAACUUGGGCAGUUCUCCGAACCGGAGACUAAGCUUCCCGGAGCAGCGCACUUUGGAGACGUGUCCGGUCUACUCCGGACUCGCAUCUCAUCCCACUCGGCCAUAGCCUUGGCUUCCAGAAGACCUCAGCGUGGUCACAGGGGCCCCCCUGUGCCCAGGGAAAUGUUUCAAGCUUUCCCCGGAGACUACGACUCCGGCUCCCGGUGUAGCUCAUCACCCUCCGCCGAGUCUCAGUACCUGUCUUCGGUGGACUCCUUCGGCAGUCCACCCACCGCCGCCGCCUCCCAGGAGUGCGCCGGUCUCGGGGAAAUGCCCGGCUCCUUCGUGCCAACGGUCACCGCAAUCACAACCAGCCAGGACCUUCAGUGGCUCGUGCAGCCCACCCUCAUCUCUUCCAUGGCCCAGUCCCAGGGGCAGCCACUGGCCUCCCAGCCUCCAGCUGUUGACCCUUAUGACAUGCCUGGAACCAGCUACUCAACCCCGGGCCUGAGUGCCUACAGCACUGGUGGGGCAAGCGGAAGUGGUGGGCCUUCAACCAGCACAAGCACCAGUGGACCCGUGUCUGCCCGCCCAGCCAGAGCCAGGCCUAGAAGACCCCGAGAAGAAACACUUACCCCAGAAGAAGAAGAAAAACGAAGGGUUCGCAGAGAGCGGAACAAGCUGGCUGCAGCUAAAUGCAGAAACCGUCGGAGGGAGCUGACAGACCGACUCCAGGCGGAAACGGAUCAGCUCGAAGAGGAAAAGGCAGAGCUGGAGUCGGAGAUCGCCGAGCUGCAAAAAGAGAAGGAACGCCUGGAGUUUGUCCUGGUGGCCCACAAACCGGGCUGCAAGAUCCCCUACGAAGAGGGGCCGGGGCCAGGCCCGCUGGCCGAGGUGAGAGAUUUGCCAGGGUCAACAUCCGCUAAGGAAGACGGCUUCGGCUGGCUGCUGCCGCCCCCUCCACCACCGCCCCUGCCCUUCCAGAGCAGCCGAGACGCACCCCCCAACCUGACGGCUUCUCUCUUUACACACAGUGAAGUUCAAGUCCUCGGCGACCCCUUCCCCGUUGUUAGCCCUUCGUACACUUCCUCGUUUGUCCUCACCUGCCCGGAGGUCUCCGCGUUCGCCGGCGCCCAACGCACCAGCGGCAGCGAGCAGCCGUCCGACCCCCUGAACUCGCCCUCCCUUCUUGCUCUGUAAACUCUUUAAACAAACAAAACAAACAAACCCGCAAGGAACGAGGAGGAGGAAGAGGAGGAGAGGGGAGGAAGCGGUCCGGGGUGUGUGUGAGGACCCCUUGACUCUUCUGUCUGACCGCCUGUCGCCUCUGCCAUCGGACUUGACGGAAGGACCUCCUUUGUGUUUUGUGCUCCGUCUCUGGUUUUCUGCGCCCCGGCGAGGCCGGAGAGCUGGUGACUUUGGGGACGGGGUGGGGCGGGUGCACCCUUCCUGCAGAUAACUUUGUCCUGUUACUUCAACCCACCUUCUGGGGAUAGAUGCUGGCUGGCUGGGUGGGUGGGGUGGGAUGCGACGCCCACCUUUGGCGUCCUGCGUGAGGCUGGAGGGGAAAGGGUGCUGAGUGUGGGGUACAGGGUGGGUUGAGGUCGAGCUGGCAUGCACCCCCAGAGAGACCCAACGAGGAAAUGACAGCACUGUCCUUCUCUUCCCUACCCACCCAUCCACCCUCCAGGGUGCAGGGUGACCAAGAUAGCUCUGUUUUGCUCCCUCGGGCCUUAGCUGAUUAACCUAACAUUUCCAGGAGGUUACAACCUCCUCCGGGACGAAUUGAACCCCCGACUGAGGGAAGUCGAUGCCCGCUUUGGGAGUCUGCUAACCCUACUUCCCCGCUGAUUCCAAAAUGUGAACCCCUAUCUGACUGUUCAGUCUUUCCCUCCUGGGAAAACUGACUCAGGUUGGAUUUUUUUUUCUCAUCUGCUAUGGAGCCCCCUUCCAACUCAGGCCCGCUCCCACCCCCGUGCAGUAUUAUGCCAUGUCCCUCUCACCCCCACCCGCAACCCAGGCGCCCUUGGCCGUCCUCGUUGGGCCUUUCUGGUUUCGAGCAGCAGGGGGCGCUGCGACGCCCGUCUUGCUGGAGCGCUUUAUACUGUGAAUGAGUGGCCGGAUUGCUGGGUGCGCCGGAUGGGAUUGACCCCCAACCCUCCAAAGUCUUCCCUGGGCCUCUCCUUCUUCCACUUGACCCCUUCCAGCCCUUGACAGGGAGUUAGACCCGAAAGGAGUGACCGCGAUGCAUCCCGGUGGCCUUCUUGCUCAGGCCCCAGACAUUUUCUCUAAGUCCUUCGCCUUCCCCAGCCUAGGACGCCAACUUCUCCCCAUCCUGGGAGCCCCGCAUCCUCUCACAGAGGUCGUCGAGGCAAUUUCCAGAGAAGUUUUCAGGGCUGAGGCUUUGGCUCCCCUACCCUCGAUAUUUGAACCCCCAAAUAUUUUUGGACUGGCAUACUUCAGAGGGGGCUGAGUUCCCACUAUCCUAAUCCAUCCAAUUCCUCCAGCCCCGAAUAUGGGUUCUGGCUUUUCCCUCAGCUUUCACCUCGUGAGAAUUCCACGAGUCAGAUUUCUAUUUUUUAAUAUUGGGGAGAUGGGCCCUACUGCCCCCCCCGUGCUGCAUGGAACAUUCCAUACUCUGUCCUGGGUCCUCGGUUCCAAGCCUAUAUCCCAACCCCCAACCCUCAGCUAUUUAUCCCUUUCCUGGUUCCCAAAAAGCACUUAUAUCUAUUAUGUAUAAAUAAAUAUAUUAUAUAUGGGUGUGCGUGUGUGUGCGUGCGUGCGUGCGAGCUUCCUCGUUUGCAAGUGUGCUGUGGAAUUCAAAAUCGCUUUUGGGGAUUUGAGUCAGACUUUCUGGCUGUCCCUUUCCUAACUUGUCACUUUUUUUGUUGUUGUCUCAGCCCCUCUGGCUGUUGGAAACAGCCUCUUCCUUUCCUUUUAUCUUUUCUCAAGUCUGUCUCGCUCAGACCACUUCCAACAUGUCUCCUCUCUCAAUGGCCCUGACCUCCCGUCUGUCUGUUAAUUCCGGAUUUGUCGGGGACAUGCACUUUUACUUUUGUAAGUAAGUGUGACUGGGUGGUAGAUUUUUACAAUCUAUAUCGUUGAGAAUGCUGGGUGGAUAUGUCUGAUCAGAUGAAGGGCCUCCUGCCGCUGCCGACCACAGUUCAUUGACUCCAUAGCCCUCACCCAGGCUGUAUUUGUGAUUUUUUUUUUAAAUUUUGUUUUUUUGUAUUUUGCACUUGACCCCGGGGGUGCUGGGGCAGUCUAGCACUGAGCAGUUCCCCUCCCCCCUUGGUUCUGCACUGUCGCCAAUAAAAAGCUUUUAAAAAAAAUGUA